AUGGAAAAGAAGAGAUGGCAAGGACGGCCUCGUCGCCGGGACCGGCAUCAUAACGAAGGGAUAGCUUUUCUUGGCAUCAAGAGCAACGUUAUUUUGACUAUUAUUCUUACUGCUAUUACUGCGUACUUUCUCUCAGCCCAGUGGCAUGCCUAUCGACAUCCAGAGCAUCCCAGCAUCACGUAUCAAAUUAGCCCUGCAGACCUAAAAUACGGCCUUUCACAAUGCACUCUAAACAAGCAACGUCCCGUCGUAGACAGGAAUCUAGCGUCUUCUCGUCUAGAAACUCAACCCGUGGGUACUCGUAUUAUUCUACAUAACACAACACUUAUCGAUGGCGAUGGCACUGUUACUCAAGACUGCAUUAUCGAAAUGCAAGGUGGGAUAUUUACAAAGGUCUCAAAAGCUGAACUGGGUUUUCUGGAACCAGCUUCUCCCAACGAUAGAGUUAUUGACUUACACGGUCGAAUUGUAACGCCAGGACUUAUAGAGAUGCACUCACAUGCCGGCGUCCGGGAGACGCCCCAACUAUGGGCCACCGAAGACGUUACUGAGACCUCAUCUCCGGUAACACCUUGGGCCCGUGCAGUUGACGCCUUGAAGCCUCAUGACCAGGCCAUACCAGUUAUUGCUAGUGGUGGUGUGACAACCUCUCUAGUACUAACGGGAGCGAAAAACUUGAUCUCAGGGGAAGGCGUUCUCAUCAAGAUGAAGCGAGCGAACUCGGUUAGCGAACUUCUCAUUAAUACGACGGAAAGUGGCGGCAAGCCGCAGAGAUAUCUCAAGAUGGCUAUGGGCGAAAACCAAAAGAGGCAGUUUCAAAACGUGCCUGGAGGGCCGUCGACGAGGUUAGGAGAAUCGUACUGGUUCCGGAAGGCCUAUGAUAACGCACGGCGGGUGAAGCAAGAACAAGAUCGGUGGUGUGAGGCUGCCUCGACGGCGAAGGGGCUGGCAUCGAUAACGCAUGAAUACCCUCGCUCGCUUGAAUGGCAGACACUAGUCGACGUCUUACGUGGGGAUGUACGUGUAAACGUGCAUGGCUACGAGACCGAAGACAUGCUAGCUAUGUUUGAUCACGCCGAUGAGUUCGGGUUCAACAUUACGGCGUUGCACCACGCGCUCCAUACAAAUUUAAUCAUGGACCAACUUAAAGAUAGGGGUAUAGCUAUUGCCGGCUUCUCGGAUUCUUGGGGCGACAAAAAGGAGAUCUAUAAUAUUAGUUCUCGCUUCCCAGCAAUGAUAGCUGAACAUGGCAUCCCUCUUGCUCUCACUCGGGACCACCCGGCGGAACAUGGCCAAUGGCUACUGUAUGAAGCCCAGAUCGCGCAUCACUUUGGCCUCAGUGCGGAGAGUGCUAUUUCAUCCGUCAUCUCAGUGCCAGCUCGCCUUCUAGGUCUAGACAACAGGCUCGGAUUUGUCAGGCCCGGCUACGAUGGCGAUUUAGUAGUAUGGAACCGCCAUCCCUUACAGGUCGGUGCUACACCCCUCGAAGUGUACAUCGGUGGGAAUAGUGUAGUCCGGGCCUCAGACAGCUUGUGGAAAGCUUCGGAAUCUAAACCAGAUUUAAAAGAAGCUCCUAUAUCGCGACCCAGUGAUACACCCGAGACCGCAUGUAUACCGGGCCAAUCUGACAUUAUCAUCCGCGGCUCAAGAACAAGCUUUAUUAGUGACGAUGGGUUGCGGAAUGAGCGUCCCGAGACAGGGAAUCUGACAAUCGUUGUACGCGCCGGCCGCGUCGUUUGUGUAGGCGAAGGCAAAUGCGAUACCGCAGCAAGACAGGCGAUGGAAGAUCAAGUUCCCCUGGUAGAUGUGCGGGAUGGACACAUACUUCCCGGCCUUACGGUUGUCACGCGGCAGCACGGCCUAACUGAAAUGCGUCAAGAACCAUCUACAUCAGACGGUUCUUCAACAGGCGAGGAAUACGAAAGGCCUCUCUCAAGCCGGUUCGGUAUCAAAUUUGAUGGCAUACAUCUUGAGAGAUCUCACCGGAGCGGCGUAACUCGAAUUGUAACGCCGCCAUUGACGAAUGGCUUCUUCCAUGGGAUUAGCACUUUAUUCCGAUCGGGGGCCAAAAGUGUCCUUGACGACGGCGCUAUCGUCGAGCCCAACGCUGCUCUACAUUUCACGAUUGGACACGAGGCCAAAUCAUUUCGAACACCUUCUAUAACUUCUCAAAUAAGUAAGCUACGAGACCUCCUUACGGUGGACAAACAUCUCCACCCUAUUUACGAUAGCGCGGCGAAAGGCAAUAUUGCCGUGGUUAUCCACACGAAUAACAAAGAUGUCAUUGCGCACAUGGUAGCUCUGAAAAAGGAGACGGGUGCUCAUAUCGUCAUAAUGGGAGGAUCGGAAUCACAUCUCCUAGCUGCCGAGCUUGCAGAAGCCGACGUGCCGGUUAUUGUCGCGCCAUUUUGGGGGUGUGAGCCUCUCUUCUGGGAUGCUCGCAACUGCUUACCAGGCCCUCCCCUAACAGACCGCUUAGGACCGCAGGUAUUAAUAGAUGCAGGCGUCAAGGUCGGUAUCUCUAACUGGGACGACACGAAUAAUCAUAUUCGCAAUAGCAUCUGGGAAGCUAGUUGGGUUGCAGGCCCGGGAAAUGGGAGUUUGGCGCUGGACCUUGUGUCUAAGAAUAUCGAGGAUAUUCUGAGGCUUCCGCGCAGUAGGGAUUUUGUCGUAUAUGAAGGUGACCCGUUUGAGUUUGGGGCGCGUGUCGCCUUGAUCUUUGAAGAGGGAAAAGUGCAGAGGUGUUAUCCAGAUGUCGACUAG